UAUGAACUCACCUUAUGUAGCCCUAGCGUAGCAUCGGGAUUCAUUUUUUACCGGCAAGCACGCGACGUGGACAAGGAAAGGGGACCCUUGGAGCGUACCCAAAGCUGAGCUACAAAGUGAUUAAAAAAAAAACUGAGAACAGGAAGAAUGGGAGACGUUAACAAAGGAAAGAAGGUUUUCGUCCAGAAAUGUGCCCAGUGUCACACCGUUGAAAAUGGAGGAAAGCACAAAGUCGGGCCCAAUCUGUGGGGUCUUUUCGGUCGCAAGACCGGACAAGCGGAAGGUUUCUCCUAUACGGAUGCCAACAAGGCUAAAGGCAUCAUCUGGGACGAAAGCACUCUCUCUGUUUACUUGGAAAACCCCAAAAAAUACAUUCCUGGCACAAAGAUGAUCUUUGCCGGCAUCAAGAAGAAGGGCGAACGUGCGGAUCUUGUAGCAUACCUUAAAAGUGCAACAUCAUAGGCUGUAUUGUUUAUUUAGUGUCAAUUCUACUAUGUUUGUUUCCUUUUUAAUGCGGAGGAACAUACAAUUCUGAAGUGGCCAGGCUUACAACUUCAUGGCUCUUACGGUUAACUUUAUUUUUCUUUUCUCUUCUCAUCAUGACACCAUGAUUGCCAACAGCUGAUAGAAUUGCAUUGGUGUAUAGGUCAUUGACCAUCAUGUGACUCCUGCUGUGCCUCAUUCUUUUGCCUUGAAGGAGUAAAGUGUAUCCCCCUGGUUUAACAGGUGCUCAUUGAUAAGUUAUUUAACUCAGUUUCAGUUGCCUUGUAAAUCAGAUACAUGAAUGCAGGAACAAUUUCUGUCUUAACCUUCUCUGGUCUUAAAUAGUCAUAACUUUGUCAUGUGUUAUUUAUGAGUUUUGGAUGAGCCAAACCGUUAAUUUGUGCCCUCCUGCCUAAGGAAUGUUUGUCUUUUUUCCAUGCAUCAAUCACCUUGGUCUUACUCUACAGUAUGAAAUAAAUGAUUUUUCAGGAGAA